CUCAUUUAUAACCCUAAUCUCUUCACUCUCCUUAACCAUGCUCUUUAUAAAUUACAUCUCUAACUGAAUUCUACCAUUUAUUUUACCUAAUUUUCAUUUCUCCGCCAUGUCUCCGCCUCUUCAUUACAUAAUAUUCGUCGUCCUCCUCUCAUCUCCGAUCACCGCCGUCCUCGCGCAAACCUCCAAUGAAGACACGCGUAAUCCGUAUGGCUACGCUCGUGUUACUCCGUCUAUGGCUAUAAUCAUCGUAGUCUUGAUCGCGGCUCUCUUUUUCAUGGGGUUUUUCUCUAUUUAUAUCCGCCACCGCGGAAAUUUAGGGACUGGAGGCAGCGUUCCAGGAGCAAACAACGGAGGGAGAUCCCGACGAUCUACCGCGGCGCGUGGGCUGGAUGCUACCGUGAUCGAGACGUUUCCGACGUUGGUUUACUCGGAAGUGAAAGGGCUUAAGAUAGGGAAAGGUGAACUGGAAUGCGCUGUUUGUUUGUGUGAAUUUGAAGAUGAUGAAACGCUGCGUUUAUUGCCUAAAUGUGACCAUGCUUUUCAUCCUGAUUGUAUUGAUGCUUGGCUGGUUUCUCAUACCACGUGUCCUGUUUGUCGAGCUAAUUUAGCUCCUCAACCGGAUGACCCGCCGGUUCAGACAACUGGUUCGACACCUGAUUCAUCUGAUCUCGAAGCUCAAAACGACACCGUAGCGGUGGAAGUACAACCGGAAGUUUGUCAGAAUGAUCAAGUUGACCCUCCUGCGCCUGAGGUUAUAAGUGCGGGUCAAACUUUGAAUAGGAACCGUACACGUGGGUCACGAUCUGAUAGGCCCAAUGAUAUGCCUCGUUGGUUUCCAAGGUCACACUCUACUGGUCAUUCUUUGGUUCAACCGGGUGAAAAUACGGACCGGUUCACUUUGAAAUUACCAGCUGAGAUUAGGAAAGAGAUAAUGAACCGUGAAUUGAACCGGACCAUGAGUAUGGUUGUUUUUUCAAGGGAAAGGAGUUCGAGAAGAGGGUAUAAACCCGGUGGUGGAGAAGGGAGUAGCCGAGGAAAGUAUAAACGACUCGAGCGGACCGAUCGAGCUGCUAAAUCGGAGCGAUCAACUAUUAAUAGGACUCCGUCGUUUAUGCAGAGAGCAUCAUCGUUUUUGACGAGAGCUUCGUCUUUGGCUCGGUCAACAAAGGUGACUACAAGUGAGGGAGAAGGAUCUUCCAGCCGAGUGGUUGGACCAGAUGCGGUUCAAUCAACCCGCCCUCCGGUUUAGUUUUUGAGAUUUUGAUUUUAAUUAUUUGUGUAAAUUGUUUAUAGCUUUUAGGAAUUUUCACAAACUUUUUAUCUAUUUAAUUUUUUAAAAUUGCAAUAUGAUGUACCAUAUGACAACUUUUUCAAUAGACCAGGUCAAGUCAAUAAUUAGAGAUGGAAUGGUAUUCCAUAUUUUGUUAA